AUGGGACAGACACACGGUGCGCUAACCCUUACCUUGCCGAUUCAGUGGUCGACCGGAUUGCGGAUCGAUGUGGCCGUGGGGGAUGAGGAGAAGAGUUUUUUCGCCAAACUGAUCGAGCGCGAAGAGUUCGUGGGCAUGGCCGAGGCGGAAUACGAGGGACAGAAGGCGAUAUCGGCGGUAAUCCCGGAGCAUGCAGUUGAGCCCAUCGCGUGGGGAUACUACGAGGGAGACCGGACCAAGGCGUGGUUUCUCACCCAUUUUCGGAAUCUUGUGCCCCGCCCGCCGCCUCUGUCGUCCUUUUUGCCCGUUGUCAAGAAGUUGCAUCAGGAGUCCGUGUCGCCGACGGGCAAAUUCGGCUUCCACGUCACGCCUUUCUACGGCCCGCCUCCCAUGAUUGUCAGCUGGACCGACAAUUGGGAGAAAUUCUGGACCCGCGAAUUCCGGUCUGGGCUCGAAUACGUCCAACGCAUGCGCGGUGAAGACCCGGAGUUGGCAGAGAUUGCCGAAGAAUUCAUCGACAAAGUCGUUCCCAGGCUCCUGCGGCCGCUACAGACGGGCGGCCGUAACAUCAAGCCAAGCCUCUGCCACGGUGACCUCUGGGACGGAAACAUCCAGAUUGACUGGGACACCAAGAAACCCAUGGUGUUUGACCCGUGCCCAUUCUACGGCCACUGCGAGAUGGACCUUCAGUGCAUGCGCAGCCCCCGGUACGUUGUUGGCUUAGAUUUCGUGAAAGAGUACAGCAAGGGUGUGGGCAAGUCAGAGCCUAUCGAGGACUUUGAUGACCGAAAUGCAUUGUAUGCCAUAGCGAAGGAGGAAAUGCUCAGGCUCCUUGACAAGCAUCCCAACGGGCUGGCUGGGUUCAAAGGCGACUUGACUCCGACCGUCACAACCAAGGCGGAUCAUGUUGCGGUCAUUGAAGCCAAGCUCUGA